AUGACUUUUAAGUCCCUGUUUCCCUGUGCAGUUACCCACGUGCUUACCUUAGUAGGUUGAGCAAUAACGGUUACCUUGGGGCCUGGCUUACCUGUUUACUGCUCUGGCAUAGCCUAUAGCUUACCCAGGAACUUGAGUUUUUGCAUCUGCAGAAUGAAGAGCUUGGAUUAAAAUUCCCAACGUUUGUGAUGUUUCCCGGUUCAGCUUAAACUACCCUGUGUUUUCUUUUGUUUAAAUUGCGUUUUAGAAUGGGGUGAGGGUGGUAAAAGUAGCCCCAGCACGAUGAGAAAAGUCGCCUCUGUAGAAUUUUAGAUUUCUAAGUGCUCCACACGUUAUCUAGUUCCGACUUUCACGGUAGAAACUGAAACCUAAGAAAAUGAAACAAUUUACCCAUUUUAAAAAGGACUUAAAAGAAGAGAUUGAUAUUCGACUCUCCAGGGUUCAGGAUAUCAAGUAUGAACCUCAGCUCCUUGCAGAUGAUGAUACAAGACUGCUGCAGCUGGAAACCCAGGGAAAUCAGAAUUGCUACAACUAUUUGUAUAGGAUGAAAGCUCUGGAUGCCAUCCGUGUCUCUGAGAUCCCAUUUCAUGCUGAAGGCCGGCAUCCCCGUUCCUUACUGGGCAAGAAUUUUCGCUCCUACCUGCUAGAUCUUCGAAACACUAGUACUCCUUUCAAGGGUGUGCGCAAGGCCCUCAUUGAUACCCUGCUGGAUGGCUAUGAGACAGCCCGCUAUGGGACAGGGGUCUUUGGCCAGAGAGAAUACCUGCGCUAUCAGGAGGCUCUGAGUGAGCUGGCCACAGUGGUCAAAGCACAAAGUGGGAACUCACAGCGACAACAUCAGUCAGCAGCCAAAGACCUAACCCAGUCUCCUGAAGUUUCUCCAACAACCAUCCAGGUGACAUACCUCCCCUCCAGUCAGAAGAGCAAACGUGCCAAGCACUUCCUUGAAUUGAAGAGCUUUAAGGACAACUAUAACACACUGGAGAGUACUCUGUGAUCAUGCAAAAGGACUCUUGCUGUUGAUGGAGGCAGAGAGACUGAAUUGUGCUUGCCAGGCCCUCCUCUGGCUCGGCAUGUCCAGAUUGGAUCAGCUGAAGCUCACAUUGUGUCCAGAGGUCUUAGAGCUUAUGCCUAGAGGAUCAUUCUCCAAACCUUUCUUAUGGCCAGUUUCAAAACAUCAAUUAAGACUUUUACUUUCCCUUGGUAGCCCUUUUUUCUGGAAUUGAAUUCAGAUAUUUUUCUCAAUGUUUCUGUCAAGCUUCCUUAAACAAUCCUCACUUGGAUUUGAUCAUAAUUCAUCUGCCCUUGUCCAGACUAUAAAUAAUCCCAACGGUGAGAGAAUCAAGAUGACAGAACAAGAAUGGUCAGACUGAUGCACUGGUCUGACUUCACAAGUUAAUAAAAUGAAUAAUUAAACAAUAAAGUAUAUGAUUAAUUCA